AUGCGGGCGGCGCCGAGGAGCAUGGCAACGUGGGCGUCGUGGCCGCAGGCGUGCAUCUUGCCGGGGACCUUGCUCUUGUGCUCCCACUCCACCGCCUCCUGCGAGCAGGAUAAAGAAGAAGAGGAGGAAGAGGAGGAUGAGGAGGAUGAAGAAGAGGAGAAAAUGGAGGAUGAAGAAGAGGCGAAAGAGGAGGAGGAAGAGGAUAAAGAAGAAGAGGAGAAAGUGGAGGAUGAAGAAGAGGCGAAAGAGGAGGAGGAAGAGGAUGAAGAAGAAGAGGAAGAGGAGAAAGAAGAUGAGGAGGGAGAGGAAGAGGAGGUAG